AUGGAUGCGAAAACAAUAUUAUAUGGUCAGGACAGUGAAGAAGAGGGCAGCAGAAUCUCCAAUCCGGAACAGUUGCAAAACCCAAAGCCCCGGCCACCAGCCAUGCCGACCGGCGUGGCCACGCUCCCCUACCCCAAACCCCCGCAAUCCCCUCGCCCCCUCCUCCACCGCAGCCGCCACUCCUCCGGCCACCGCCUCCUCCUCGCCACCUCCUCCCCCUUCCGCCCAGAUUCCCCACCUCUCGCCUGCUCCACGCGCUCCAUCUCCGCCGCCCAUGCCUCCUCCACCGCCCCCUCCCCCUCCCCAUCUCCCUUCCCCUCCUCCCCGACCCCACCCGCGCGCCCGGCCCUUCCGGAGGCCCCCUCCACCGUGGCCCGCGCCGGCCGCAGCAAGAAGAAGCCCGCGGGCGGCCGCAUCGAGGGCGACGGCAACGUGCGCCGCGAGGCCAAGUCCCGGGCCAAGCGCCGCAGCCGCCGCCUCUCCGAGAACGCCUUCUACCGCCGCAAGCGCCAGGCCGCCGCGGGCCAGGCGGACGCCUUCACCGACGAGGAGCUCGAGAUGAUCGGGCUCGGCUACGACCGCUCCGUGCGCUUCAUGGACGGGCCCGACGACCCGCGCCUCCGCCACCCGCACGACUGGUACCGCUUCGGCGCCUACGGGCCCUACUCCUGGCGCGGCAUCGUCGUCGGCCCGCCCAUCCGCGGCCGCUUCUCCGACGACCGCGUCUCGCUCAUGGCCGAGGUCGCCGACCACGACGACUGGGACCGCAACCACCAGUUCGAAAUGUCCAACAACUUCUCCAACCGCCUCAACGAGCUCAGCGACAGCGACACCACCACCCCCUUCCGCUACUACUGGAUCUUCGUGCGCCACCCCAGGUGGCGCCCCGACGAGCUGCCCUGGGAGCAGUGGACGCUCUCGGCCGAGAUCGCCGUCCAGGCCCCCAAAAACCACCGCCUGGACAAGUGGAGCCUCAUGGGCAGGUUCGGCAACUCGACGCGCCAGCUCAUAACGCGCUGCGCGGCCUGGACUCGCCCCGACAUCAUCUACGUCAAGCGGCCGCUGUACCAGUCGCGGUUCGAGCCGCAGGAGGACUUCUUCGCCCGGCUCCGCCCCUUGCUUGACCCGUCCACGGAGAACCAGUUCCUGUUCGACCUUGAGCAGGAUGGCAGGGUCGUUCAAACCACCUACUUUGGCGGUCUCUGCAGGAUUGUCAAGGCGAGCCCCAAAUCUUAUGUCGAUGAUGUCGUGAACGCGUACUCGAAGCUGAGCGAGGCCGAUAAGUCGCGCUGUCUCGAGUUCCUGCUCACGAACCAUCCGAUGGAGCUCCUGCAUCCGUACACCAAGGAGUGGAAAGUGAAGCUUGAGGAGAUGGAGCUUGGGUGUGACGCGCCCGAUGAGAGCGAUGAUGAGGCUGAAACUGAGGUCAUUGAUUGGGCUGAGGAUGAUGAUGGCGGUGAUGUGAUUGAUGAUAGUGACGACUACGAAGACGAAGAUUACGAGGAUGAGGAAGUGGUUGAUGUCACUGACGAGGUUGAAGCCGAUGAAGUAAUAGAAAGUAAUGAGGAGACUGAGGAGUACUGGGAUGAGCAGUGGAAGGAGGCUAUGAAAAGUUCUGAUAAAAUGGAGAACCUGAUCAAGACUAGGAUCGAGAAAUCACGUGAGUAUAAUAAGCGAGAAAUACAACAACAACAGAAAAAGAAGGAAUCGGAAAGGAGCACUUCGAACACAAUGCUUAGGGAGCAGGAGCAGGAUGAGGAGGAUGAGCCGCAGCUUGUCCAGCAGGAUAGUGCAAGGGGCAGAACUGCCAAGGAAAUAGUGAAGCGCGGGGCGCCUUCUGGAUCCUUCCUCAGGGCUGCCGUCCGGCCAUUCACUUACAGGAAUCUUGUAAAGGAAAUUGUUCUGAUGAGGCACUUCAUUGUUGAUGGAGAGAUAGUUUAGUUUCAAAAUGGUAGC